UCCGACAACUCAAGUUUCCGGGGGACGCUAUUUACUGUUACUCACUGGUUCCCCAUGUGUGAAAAAUGAUGGCGACGGGGGACACUAGUAACACGUUGGAGAGCUGUUUGAGUAUUCUUAACAAUAAAACAGCACAUCCAGAACAAUUUCUAAGUCUCCAGGAUGCCUUGGCAGCAGACUUCACUGCCCUCACAAAGACACUGUACGAUUUGCACAAAGCCGAGCAGCCAGCCGGCUUCAAGAGCAGCCCGCUGGACCUGCUGGUAGUGGAGAACUUUGAUGAGGAGCAGAUCUGGCAAGAGCUUGAGUUGCAAAACGCUCCUGCUCUCGGACAGUUUGAGGAGGCCGUUAGCCAGGUCACAGUGGACACAGGCCUCAGCCUUGUGGCAGAGGAGGAUGAAGGAGCUGUUGAGGGAGAUGGCAUAGAGGAUGAUGAUGAUGAUGAUGAGGAUCUGAGUGAUGAUGAGAUUGAUGAAGGUGAGGAGGAGGAGGGCGACGAGAAUGACGCAGAACCUGGGAACGAGGAUGGAGACGGGUUCUCUGAGGAGGACUCAGAUGUGGACUUUGACGUGGACGCGCUGGAGAAGAAAGCCAAGCAGAAGAUGAACCAGAAGGGUUCCGCUGCACGGUUACCUAAACCUAUGUGGACGGAGCCCUCUGAGGUGGACGACAAGUUCUUCAAGCUGUCUGAGAUGGAGGCCUUCCUAGACGACAUGGACCGACGAGAGGGCAAAGACGAUCAGGCCGGCGAAGACGUAGACUACUUCCAGGACUUGCCCUCAGGAGAUGAGGAGGAAAUGACCUUUGAUAAACCAGUGGCAUCAAAACGACAGAAAAAGAAAAGCUCCCGGAACCUGAAAUAUAAAGACUACUUUGACUCGAUGGGUGAAAUGCCACCUCAGAACACAGCAGAUGAUGAAGACGAGGAGGAACCUGAGGAGGGUGGUGAGGAUGAUGAAGAGUUGGAUGAAGAGGACAUGGAUGAGGAGGAAUUUGAUUUAGAGGCGGAGGACAUCAAUGACGAGGAAAGCAGGCAGGCCAGGGAUGCUCUGAAGAGAGUGACCUUUGACCUUCCAGAGGAGAGCGAGGGUGAGGAUAUGGAAGACAUCUUUGGAGGGAAAUCAAAGUCUUCCGAUUCCAAGUCUUCAUUUGAGAAACGUCAGGACAAGAUGGCGGAGCGUAUCAGCGAGCUGGAGAACACGGCACUGGAGGAGAAACCAUGGCAACUGACAGGCGAGGUGACUGCUCAGACCCGUCCAGAGAACAGCUUGCUGGAGGAGGACGUGGCGUUCGACCAGGCCUCCAGAAUGGCUCCUGCUAUCACUGAGGAAACGACCAUGCAGUUAGAAGAAAUCAUCAAGCAAAGAAUAAAGGACCAGGUGUUUGAUGACGUGGUGCGGAAGGAGAAGCCAAAGGAGAACGUGUUUGAGUACAAGAAGCGCCUCACGCUGGACCACGAGAAGAGCAAGCUCAGCCUGGCACAGGUCUACGAACAGGAGUACGUCAAACUCACACAGGAGAAGACGGAGGAAGAAGAAAACCCAGCCCAUGUCCAGAUCCAGAAAAUGAUGGACUCUCUAUUCCUGAAACUGGACGCUCUCUCUAACUUCCACUUCACACCUAAACCGGCCAUUCCUGAGGUGAAGGUGGUCUCCAACCUGCCCUCUAUUGCCAUGGAGGAGGUGGCACCAGUUAGUGCCAGCGAUGCCACGCUGUUGGCACCAGAGGAAGUUAAGGAGAAGAACAAAGCCGGGGACUUGAUUGGCGACUCGGAGAAGACGAGCACCGAUAAGAAGCGCGAGCGACGUCAGAAGAAGAAGCUGAAGAGGCUGAAGGUCCAGGAGAAGGAGAAGAGGCAGAAGAUCAAACUGGCCAAAACCGGAGAGAACACAAAGGCCUCCAAGGCCCAGGUGGCCGACACGCUCAAGAAGCUCACCAAGGGAGGCAAAGCCAAGAUCCUCACGAAUGACGGCAUGGACAAGGCUUUGCGGUCCUCGCAGGCGUUCUUCUCCCAGCUGCAGGACCAGGUGAAGUCACAGGUCAAAGGCUCUAAGGAGCAGGGCGGCAAGAAGAAGAAGAACCAGAAGGAGGUCUCUGCCAGCAAGCUGAAGUUAUAGCCCACAGACUAAAUACUCUGGCUUAUGGUCAUGUACAGUUCAUUUUUAUUAUUGUUAUUAUUCAGAUGGAAAUAUUACCUGUGAGUCCACUUCAUCUUGUCAUAAGAAAUUAAAGAGUCAUCAUGAUUUGUAAA